AUGGUAAACGAACACGAAUCUUCUUUAGUUAAUUCAAACCUCGAAGAAAGAAUCACAACAAAAAUGAUUCUUAUCAGACCUCCUUAUCCACCAAAAAUUUCUCCAAAAGAAAUAUUAUUAAAUUACAUCAAUGUAAAUCCUCAACAAGCAUUCUUAAAUGAUAACAAUUUUAAUUAUUAUUAUGAUCAAUAUUUAUCGUCAAACGAAAAUGACAAUAGUAAUAAUGAUAAUAAUGACAAGUUAAUUGACAUUUCUUCGGCAAAUAGCUCUCCUAAUAUCGAGACCCCUGUAAUUAAUGAUUACAUGUUGCCAUCGCCUCAAUUUAUUAACGAUUCGAAUACUUCACCUAUUUUUUCAUAUAAUUCUUACGAAAAUUACGAUACUACUCCUUUACUUUACAAUAACAAUAUUAAUUUCUACGAAAAUUAUGAUUUUAAUUUCAAUGAUAACAUCGACAAUAACCAUGCUUGUGAUUAUUAA